UUUUUAAAGUCUAUUGCCAAAAUGGCAGAAUCGAACUGACAAGUUGUGGGAUUUUCGUAAUUUAUUUUUGGGUACAAUAAUUAUUGCCUUUGUACUUCUAGAGAUUUAUUUGCAUAGUCAACCAAUUAUAAUAGAAUAAGUGUUCAUAAAUGCGAAGCAAUAAAGUGUUAAAUAACAUCACAAUUGAAUGUUGCAAUAUCUUGAAUUACAAGUUUGGUAUGAUAACAAAAGAAUAAAAAAUCUCUUUCGCCUCAAUAUGCGUUCUUUUUCAUGGCCUGUGUAUCGUGAGUAUUAAAGGGGUGUUUGUGUUAAUACGUUCAAAAGCAGGAGCAUGUAUACGUAACUCUGCUGUUUCGUGAUUUUCGGGAUAGUGACGUCACAAAAUAGAGAACGUUAUUUACAGUAUAAGUUAGCAAUAAAAUGGUAAAGCGUCUUCACCGGUGAAUGUAUUAAAAUAACUUGUACCGAAGGAAAGAUAAAGUUCGGGGCGAAGCGGUGAGCCUCCGCUAGGAUGGGCGGCGAUGUCUGCCCCCUCUGAGAGCGCCACAAGCCCUGCACCUUGCGCAUGUACCAACAUAUCGCUUAUGCAAUUAUUUCAUGAGUUAAAACAGAAAUAUCCAGGUGUUCCUGAUCAUGUUGUCUCACACACCAUUGAGUUGUACGGUCAUAACAAACAAGCCUGCGAGACACAUCUCCAUAGCGAAGUCAAGGCCUCCCUAACUCACGCAUACCACGCAUCCUCGUCUGCUGCAGCUCGACAGCUCAACCAGCUCAAACUUAACCUUCCUUUAAAGUGCAGAAACCAGCCAAUAGUCAAGCAUGAAAUUGUCAAGUCAACGAUUGUAAAAUCUCUAACAUGUCAAGGACCACAAAAAGCUGUUCUUAGUGCUGAUUUAAAAGAACAAGACUGUGAGAACAAAGUGAAUACCGACGCAAACCAGAAUAUUGUUGAAGCCAAAAAUGAGGAAUUGUUACAACAAAUUAAUGUGACUCCAUCCUCACCCAUCACCGUCAUAAACAUUGAUAACUGCUUUGCAAAAUACAGUGCUGAAUCACCAAGUGAUCUGGAACUGACUAACGAAAACAAAGAGGAAUUAGUCACUUCCCCUGUACAAGACGAGAAAGUAAAUAAACAAGAACAGAAAGUCCCAGAUCAACCAGAGAGUACGGGCUACAAGAUCUUAAAAAGUUGCAAAAUAAAAAGCAAUUUAAAUGAAAAGCUAGACAAAGGUAGAGAAAAGAAGACUAUCAAAAAAGAAGAUAAGCCACAAGAGAAACCGAAGCGUCCGAAUACACUUGACUUCAUAAAACCAAAUCCAGAUAUUGCAUUUAAACAAACGUUGAAAGAACCUGAAUCUGAGACAUGUAGGACAGUGUCUCCCGCACCAUCUGCUGCCAAAAAUGAAAGUCCCACUAAAGAAGCCAAACCAAAUGCGUCAUUCAGAACGGAAAGGGGAUACCCUGUGAAUUUCUCUGUUAAUGUAAACUGUCAUAUGGACCUGAGUCGUGGUUAUGGUGAUCCUUGGUUAGAAGAUUAUGAUAGCCCCAGAGCAAUUACAUCUGUCAAUCUAACGGUUUGCACUCCUACGUCGAAUAUGGCGAGUCCUAUCAGAGAGUCAAGAGAUGAUGAUGGUGGAUUUGAAGGUCAUGUCACAGUGACAGUGAGCCCUAGUACAACACGACGAAGGGCACCUCCACCGCCCACACAACAAACUCGAAUAGACUCACCACACAGACAUUCUCCACGACCAUCUCGUCCGGCACCAGAACCACCAGCAUCUACUAAUGAUCGCAACCUCAUCGAGCGCCAGAAAGAACGUCUAAAUAGGCUCGCAAUGGCUUUGAACCAAGAAAAAGGUCGGUUGGCCCAGCUGAGCAAGGAGACCAGUAUAUUAGCUGGGCCACCGCCCACGCCCUCCUCGGCGCAGCGUCUCCGUGACUACGUGGAGCGCUUACGGGAUCAGUGCCACAAUCUCGCCAAACGUCUGGAAAUGGACGGACGCGAACCAGAAGAAUCGAGCAACUUCUACAGGAACAUAUACACAGGGCAGCGGCCCUCGUCGUCCUGGCAGUGCCACAUGUGCACGUUCAGGAACCAUCCGCUCCUCGACAAGUGCGAGGAGUGCGAGAUGCCCCGGAUACUCGUAGGUACGUCUCCCCCCCGGACGCACGACUCGGGCUUCGGCUCGUUCCGGGACAAGUCGAGGAGGCUCGGCCCGCUGAGCUCUGACGUCACGGACGCCUUCGAGGAAUGCCUCCCGAUGCCCAAACUGAACGCUUGAGUGUUUAUCUCCCCCCCUAAAGUGCCUAGUGUGUCUGUGUCUUCAGUGUUGAACUAAUCGAGACGUGACGCUUCAGACUUAACCCCAGCAUGUUGAUGUCGUUUCGGCAUGCGUUUGAAUAGUGCCUUAAAGCGAAUGACGUUUUGACUUUAAAAAAAAAAAAAAAACUAUUCGUAGACUUGUCUGUGGCACGACCCGACGUCGUUUCGAUUUACGAUCAAUUUUUGCCUUAAAGACUAUAAACACAUGUAAAUUUAGUUCAUAGGUCGGCCGCCGUAAACGACGCUCCAUAUUGCAUGUGUGCUAUUUUAAUUGAUUAAGAUUAACCACUUAUCCUUUUGUACAAUGUAAAUCAAACUCUAAAGGUAUAGGUUUAAGUUGAUAUGUUGAUCUUCAUUUUAUUUGACGCUCAAUACGAGCUUCGAAAUAUUAUUUGUUGCAUAAAGUUAUUAAGAGAUUUACUAAAGUAAAAUUACAAUAUAUUUAUUGUUAAAAAUUCGAAUUAAGUAUAUUAGCGCAGCUCUUACCUUAAAACUUGCCUAAGUAAUCGUCAAUUUCGAGAGAAAAAAAAGCUCCAGAGCUGACUGAAAAAAGCCUUAUUAAAGUCAAUUUCCUUUCAUUUGUAUGAGCUGUGUUAAUAUUAGCGUAUAAUUAAAUUAUUUGAUCAAAAAUGUACACAUCACGGAUCAGUAUUGAUCAUCGUCGCGCAUCACAAGAUCUCAACGUUAGACUAAAAUAUAUAGUGCCUUGCCAAAAACACUUAUCAAUCCGUAGCGAUAAAACACGCCUUAAAUGUACCAUUGUUAUUGCUCAAAUUUAUUUAAUGACUCAUUACGCAUAUGUAAUUCAAUAAUGGGAACCGAACUAAGCAUCACUGUGGUCCGUUUUAUCCUCUCAUUAAAUACUUAGAUGAGCUCAAUAGUAUGUUCUUUAUCCUCGUUUUUAGGUAUGCAAUAUUUGUGUGCAUUACUAUAUUAUUUUUCGUGUAAAUCUGUGACACAGUAACAUUUGAGUGAUAUAAAUAAAAUUCGUCUGUAUUCAUAAUAAUUGAUAUUUAUUAUGGCGCUAGUAAAACAUAACUUUUUCAUACAUUAACUUAAUGAUAUAAGUCAUCAGAUGACACACCAUUCAAACAUCUCUCUUUGGCAGCACGUCUAUCGAAAUACAUUUGGAUUUAUGGUCGUUUCAUGACCAGUGAUGUUAUCCCUCAUCAGAGAUCCGUUUGCCGAUGUAUCACUUUAUCAAUUUAUUAGUCACAGGUUAAAGGGUGUGCCUAAUUCCUUUGCAAUUAAAAUUUCUUCAAGUUAUGGUUUCUAGCCAAUAAAAAUUCAUAUUUAAUUUAAUAUUUAAUUCCGGUUAUUCUGUCGUUUAAUAUUCUCUCAUAUCUCAUGUUACUCAGCUGCCGAAGAAAAUAUUAUUUUUCGAGUCAUCAUCAGCUGACAGAACAUAAUUACGAGUACCUAUAGUAGAAUUAUUUUGUCCGUGAAGCGAGUAUGAGCGGUGAAGCGAGUAUUCCCUCUCUCUUCCACUCACGAGCCUUAUAGACGGACAUAGUGAAGCGCAUUAUUGUUGUCGAUAAGCGUUAUCGAUAGUGUAUUUAUUUUUGUCAUUUUGUGGGUUAGUGAUAAAAAUGAAAGAAAAAAUCACUAAUCGAACAUUUACACCAAAUAUCGCCGCAGCAAGUUAACGAGAACGGCAGAAAUUAACACAUUGUUGAUAACGUGUGAUUAUUAUUUUGAAUAAAUUGUGCCAUUUUGAUACAAAGCAAAGGAGUAGCCAUUGUUUCACUAAAGAAAUUCAGAGAACGAAUGCAUAAAAACACAUUUCUUUUCGACAUAAUGUACUAUAACUUGCAGGUAACUACAAAUUACUCAUAACAUAACAAUGUCUCACCACCCUUCGUAUACCACCCCGCCGCCAUGUACCUGCCUUCGAUGACUCAUUUGUUUUUAUCGAUAAUGGCGUUGCGCCCGCGCAACAUGCUCACCGCCCUAGCCGGGCUAUGUUUUAUGACCCAAACUGCAGCGACAAAAUAAUUCUACUAUAGUAUCUUUAAUGAUAUCUAAUAUUUGGCACGUUCCGUAGACUUUAGAUAUGCGCCAAACAGUAUCCUAUGAAGUAAUGCCAUAUGGCAUGACAUUCCGUACCGCGUAAUAUGGCAUUAAAACAGUACUCAAGUCAGUACUCUAAUCAUAACCUGUCAAAAAUAUGCUUGUAUUGUUUAAUUUCUAUAACCCGCUAACAAUUACGUAUGUCUUAUUGUACUGAAUGUUCGGGUGUUAUAAAUUAUAGGCCUUUUAUUAUUACCAAGUAAACUCUAUACAAGUUUACUUUAGAUUUUAUAAAAUGUAUAAUUAAAAUUAAUUAAUAUUUACAUUUUUAGUUACAACUUAUAAAUAGUAGGUACAUAAUUGCGACUUUUUUUUUGACACCCGAACGUAUACAUCAGUACAGUACUUAGAACAGAUCGCAAACGGACAACGGACCUCUAGAUAUGAACCGACCUUUCUAAAAUAUGUCUAUGGAUAUGAACGUCAUGUUUAGUGUUAUGGGACAUGCUAAAUUUUGCCGGGUAAUAGGUACUGUUACAGUACGCGGUCGUGCUAUAUUACGUGUACUGCAUGGCACGCAGUACUUACACAUGCACAUGUAGACUUUUAAUCUAGACGAGUUUUGGAUUAACAUAAUGGAAUUGUUUUUAGUGUCAACUUAAACGAUUGACUUAAUUCAAUAUGGCGUCUUGACAUUUGACCCAAAUAAACAUUACGUUAGAUGUGUAAUUUUUAGUCGGAUAAUUUUUUUUUAUAAUAAGUACUGUUGUGCUUGUUUACAAUUAUUAUUGACAUUACGAAUUGUUUUUCGGUGUAAAACAAUUAAGCAUCACCAUAGAUACCUUCACUAUUAUGAUCAUUGUUAUUUUAUGUAAGUAAUUUGAAAAAUUCUAGAUUUUGUACAGGCGAAUAAUUUUUAAUCGAAUUUAACUGUGAUAGGUUUACUUUCUUACAUUAUUAUACUUUAGAAUUCUAUUUAUGUAUUUACAUUAUAUUAAUAAUGUUUACUCUGUUUUUUGAAGAUAGAUAGUUGAUUUACCAAAAUGAAUAAUAGUUGAAUUGCAUAAUAUUAUAAAAAAAUCACAUAGUUUUUACUAAAAUAGUAGUGGUUAAUUAGUCGUAUAGGAAUGAAAUUGUUUCAACAUCGUUAGAAAAACCUAGUUAAUAAAAAAUCCAUCUAAAAAAUACGAUGCACCCAAUCACACUAAAGGUAGCUUUAGUGCCUUUUUAGGCAGCGGCUCGGCUCUGCCCCUGGCAUUGCUGACUUCCAUGAGCGACGAUAACCACUCACCAUCAGGUGGGCCGUAUGCUCGUCUGCUUAUUCUAUAAUUUUAUUGCCCUUGUGGGCAGACGAGCUUACGUCCUACCUGAUGGUGAGUGGUUACCGUCGCCCAUGGACUUCAGCAAUGCCAAGGGCUGAGGCAAGCCGCUGGCUCGGGCAAAUAAAAAAGUUUUUCGAGCACAUUUUUUAUGAAACUAAUUAGAUAUUCUGAUUUAAAAUGUAUAGUUAAUUUACAAAAAAAAUCCCUAAAAAAGUGAAAGAAAUUUGUUGAGAUUAGUUUAAUGAGUCAAAUUUUUGAUGAGAUAAGAGUUUUAAAUGAGUUUUAAAAAACUAUUAUUCUCAAAAUGAGCAUUUUCAAUAAAUGAAUCUGUCUACAUAAAAUAAAAUUUCGGAUGGACUAAAGCUUUUUUGUAUCAUACUAUUGAAAAAUAACCAAUGGUAGUUUGAUUGCAAAAAUGAGUCAUUCCUGGUAAUGUCACAACAUUUGAGUUUUAUUUAGGCCACAACCAAAACAAAAUUUUGAAGUAAAAAAUAUAUCCGAAAGAAAUUAAAUAUUUCUUUGUCCAUAAAGUUAUAAUUUUAUUUCAAACUUCUGCAGCUACAAUUUUUAAAUGGUAAUCAAAAUUUAUUUGAAGUUUAUUUAAUUUUAUUAAAUUACAAAAACAAUACAAAAAAAGCUUGUGGAUACAAACAAUAUCAGUUUAUAAUACUUUAUAGUACUUUGGACAUCUUUUGACUACAGCAAUAGGCACAUGUUAAAUUAAAAAAAAGGAGAAAAUGAAUAAAAAAAUUACAUUAAAACAUUAAUUAGUCAUUAACAAGCAAUUAGGGAUAAUAACAGGGAAUUUAAAGGAAUAUUGAUGUGAAACCAAGGUGUCUUCCUAGUAUGAGGCUAAGAUAUUUAAUAGUAAUAUCCGUCCAUGAAAACUUAAAACAAUAAUGAAUAAAUUAUCACCAUUUGGUCAUAAAAACUUUAUAAUUAAAUUUUUUAUAUAGGAUGAUUUUUUAUUUAUCCUUUAUUAUUUGUUAUUUACAAAGUCAUAAGGGUUUGUCAUGUUUAUAUUGUUAGUCAAGGGACAGUGUAUGAGAUGAGUCAAAUUUAUGGAUUUAGAUAAUUGGAUACAAUGAAAUGCAAUUAAAUCUUUUUUGUUUUGUGAAACUUAUUUUGCAUACAGUAUAAAAUAUAGAGGGUCUCUUUAGAUUACCACUUGCCUCCCAUUGCCUAUAUCUCUUUAAGAUAGCUCAAAAAUAGAAUAGAUUAGAAAGCACAAUUUAAAAGUCUUGUUAGUUAGAGAAUGUUAGCAUUGGUUCGUGUACUUUCUAAAUUUAACAUUAAUUUAUAAUGCCAACAAACAUUUCUAAAACUUCUACUGCACUAUUGAAUGACAACUAAAAGUAAUCAAGGGUUGCGUCAUCAAACCCCAAGCUAAUAUUUUGACUUGAAAGUUUUUAUGUCGAAACUGAUUUUAAGGUAGCUCCAAUUGCUACCGACAGUAGCUACAAAAAGUACCUUCAGUAGCUACAAAAAGUACCUACAGUAGCUACAAAAAGUACUUACAGUAGCUACAAAAAGUUUUGUUCUUUUUUAAAUGGAACUUUUUCGUAAACUCAAUAUAGGACCUCCUUCUCGUGACUUCUGACUCUGUAAUGCCUCAUUUAGUUUAUCGGUUAGUAAUUCGUUUGCAAGAAGACGACAAUUUAAAAACUUAAAGGGAAUAUAGUAUUUAAAAAUCAAAAUCUCAAAGUGAAAUAGUGCUUUGGAAAUUUUAGCUUUUAGAUGAAGUAUGUUGUUUUUUUUUUAAUUGGAUAAUUUUUGUGAUGUCGGUGUUUUAGAAAAAUCACAUAAGACUUGGGAACAUUGAUUAGUCAAGAAGAUUUGUUUUCGUAGUUUUAACAUUUUAUUGUGAUUUAAUUAAUUAUAAUUUUAUGUAUAUUGGAAGAAUAAAUAAGAGAUUUUAUUAAGAUAUUAAAAA